AUGGAAAGCGCAAGACAAAGGCCCGCGCGAGGCUCCAGCGCCAGGACAGCGUCCUCCAAGUGGCCGGCGGCUGCGACACACGGGCUCCGACCCCCCCCCCCGUCCCCGCCCCCGCGGCUUCUGCGUCCCGCGCGGUGUCGGGGCUCCGGGUGGGAAGCAACGUGCGCAGCCGCGGGCUCCAGAGCGCAGCACGCGGCGCCGCAGCAGUCGGCCGUGGGCGGCGCGGCCCCGCGUGGGGUCCUCGCACGUGCUCCGCCCUGGGCCCACGGGGACGCGCAGCGAGGCAGGGGCUGGCGGGGCGCGGGAGGCUGCGGACCCGGCCGGAAGGAUGCGGUAACCCGCAGCCUCCGCAGCUCUGUGACGUCAACCCGCGGGCUGUCUGUGACGUCAACCAAGUCCGCUCGGGCGACCUCCGCCCAGGGACCCGGAGGCGCCGGCGCUCCCGGAGCCGGGCUCGUGGCGCGACGGCCCCUGGGCUCCGCGCACCUGCCUGAGGCCACGGUCCGGCGCGUGAGCAAGACCGUGGCGACGGCUUGGUCGAGCGGAUGGUCCGUGGGGACGCGAGGGCACCUCCCGCGCGUGCCACGGGCUCCGACCUGGGAGCGGGCGGCCGGCGGCGGGUGCGGGGCCUCGACGCGCCCCCACGGCCCAGACACCGCGCGGCGAACCGGGCAGGAUGCGGAUCGCGGGGGCACGCGUGGACGCAGGAGGCCUUCCGCGCAGCGCCCCGGGGAGGAACCGGCCUCCGCAGGGUCCCCGCCGCGCCCGCCGUCGGUUAGCCGCGGGACGCCAGUGCAGACCAGACGGCGGGAAACCACCGCAGGUCAACGUGCCGAGUGCGGGACGCAGCUUCCUAGAAACCGCUGGGCGGGAGAAGGCGGGAUCCUGUCCCCGCUCAGAGACCUGAGGAUUUUCGGGAAGGGGCUGACUGGACUGGACUGUGUGGUUCUCCCUCAGAGUCCUCCAUGUGGUGAAGUUCAGACAAUGACCAUGACUGAAGUCAUCUGGAGGCUACAAUUACCAUAUUUGUGGUAUAUGUCCUGCAUUUUGGGAAACACUGAUCUACUUGAACUCUCUCCAACACGAGCCUUCUUGAUUGUUUAUAUUCUCUUGCUAAAUCAUUGUUCUCUCUCUAAUAGUGACAUGCUCAGGAUUUUAUAAAAUAUCUGCAAAAGACACCUUUAACAAAAGACUGCUAUACAAAUAUGCAAAGAACGUUUAAAACUCAACAAUGAGAAAACAACCCAAUUAAAAAUGGUCAAGAAAACCUGAACCGCCACCUUCAUCAAAGAGGAUAUGCAGAUGGAGAGUAACCAUAUGAAAAGAUGUUCAAUGUCGUAUGCCCCUAGAUGGUGACAAAUCGAAACAACGAUAACAUACCUACUACACACCUAUCAGAAUGGUCAGACACAAAACACUGAUGAUAUUGAAUGUGUGUGACGUCAUGGAGCAACAGUCACUGCUGGGAGGAACACAAAGGGGCACAGCCACUUUGGGAGACAUUCUGGUGGUUUCUGAUAAAAGAAAACAUCCUCUUAUUAUAUGAUCCUGCAAGCACCCUCCUUAGUAUUUACCUCAAUGAAGUGAAGACUUAUACUCACAUGACAGGAGCUCCAUCCAUAUUUAUGGGUUUGCCAGAACGGAGAAACAACUAAGACAUCCUUCGGAACAUCCAUGCAAUGGAACAGAAAUCAGUGCUUAAAUAAGUGAGUGAUCCAGCCAGGAACAGACACUGAGAAAACUUAAAAGCAUCUAAGUAAGGGAAAGGCUACGUACUGAAUGAGUGUAACUGUAUAACCUUCUGGGAAAGAUAAAACUAUGGGGACCCUGAAAAGAUCAGUGGUUGCCAGGAUUAGAGCAGAGGGAGGGACGAAUAGAGCACAGAGGAUUCUUAAGGCAGUGGGCCUACUCUGGUGCUAGCACACUGAUGAGUACACGAUAUUGUACGUUUGUCACCCAUAAAAUGGACACCACCACGGGAAACUAAUGAAAAGAAAAAAGAGUGGACUCUAAGGUAAACUAAGGUCCCUGCGUGGUAACAAUGUGUUCAUGCAGGUUAGUUGAGUGUAAUAACUACAGCACUCUGGUGCAAGAUGCUGAAAGUCGGGGAGGUUGGAGGUGUGUGAGGACAAGGGGUAUAUGUGGGGAAUUCUUGUGCUUCCCACUCAGUAUUGUUCUGAACCUUAAAACUGCUCUAAAAAAUUAAGUUUAUUAAUUUAAAAAUUAAAAAAAAGUCAAAGUGGGCAAAUAUGACACUUUAUGGAAAUACUUCUUAAGUAAAAUACCAAAAGUGCCAACUACAAAUGGAAAGACUGAUACAUCUGAUUACAUUAAAAUAGAAACUUCUGUUAACAAGACACCCUAACAAAAUUUUUUUGAAUGCUACAAUCUGUGAGAAGAUAUUUGUAACUCGUGUAUGUCCAGAACACAUGUAGAGAAAAAUACAGAUUAUUCAAUAGCAAAGCAGCAGAGAAAUGAAUAAGGACGCACAAAGCAGGGAACCCAGAUGACCCACAGAAGUACAACAGGUGCGUCUCCAAACUAGUAAUCGGGAAAACAGAAGCUAAAACCCUCAGUGAGAUAGCAAUCUUUUACAAUCACCAAUUCAGUAAAAAAAAUUUCAAAAGCCCGAUAACUGGUGUGGAAGUGGAGAAAUCCGACGUUUCCACGCAGUGACAGGAGGCCAGUUG